AUGAAGUGGAUCGGGUUCCUCAGCCUGGUGGCCCUCUCAGAGUGCUUGGUCACAAUCCCUCUAACGAAGAUCAAGUCCAUGCGAGAAAGCCUCAGGGAAAAAGACCUGCUGAAAGAUUACCUGGAGGAGCAUCCUUACAGCCAGGCUUACAGGUUUAUUCAGAAACAGCCGGGAGUAACUUAUGAAUCCAUGAGGAACUACCUGGAUCUGUAUUACGUCGGCACUGUCAGCAUUGGAACGCCCCCUCAGGAAUUCAAGGUCAUCUUUGACACAGGCUCCGCUGACUUGUGGGUGCCCUCCAUCUACUGCUUCAGUCGUGCCUGUGUUAGACACACAGCCUUCAACCCGCAGAAGUCCUCCACCUUCCAGGGCACCAACCGGUCCUUCACGCUGCACUACGGCUCCGGGAGUAUGACCGGAUUGCUCGGCUACGACACUGUUAAGAUCGGGAGCCUUGUCGACCAAUCCCAGGCAUUUGGCCUGAGCAAGACAGAGAUCAGCAAGACCUUGGAAUAUGGGGCUUUUGAUGGCAUCCUGGGCCUGAGCUACCCCAACAUUGCGCUCUCUGGUACCACUCCCGUCUUCGACAACUUGUGGGCACAAGGCGCCAUUCCUCAGAAUCUUUUUGCCUUCUACCUGAGCAGCAACGAGAAGAAGGGCAGCGUGGCGAUGUUUGGCGGCGUGGACAGCUCCUACUACAAGGGGGAGCUCAAGUGGGUGCCAGUGAGCAAACAGGGCUUCUGGCAGAUCACUGUGGACAGCAUCUCCAUGAAUGGGAGGGUUAUUGCUUGCGAAGGCGGCUGCGAGGCCAUUGCUGAUACCGGGACCUCAUUGCUGAUUGGCCCAAAUUACGAUAUCUUCGACAUUCUGAAGACCAUCAACGCCCAGAUCACCAACACUGGCGAGUACGUGGUCAACUGUAAUGCCAUCAACACCCUGCCUGACAUCGUCUUCACCAUCAAUGGCUUCAGGUACCCGGUGCCAGCCACUGCCUACAUCCGGAAGGGUCUCUUUGACACCUGUUACAGCAACUUUGAUGACACCUUAAACCACUCUACUCUCUGGAUCCUGGGUGACAUCUUCCUGAGGCUGUAUUUCACCGUUUUCGAUCGGGGAAACGACAGGAUUGGCCUGGCUCCUGCAGCGGCAUGA